AUGACUGAACUGAGAUGGUACUCCCUCUCCAUUUCUUCCUUGAGGGAUGUUAAGGUGAGGGUUCAAUCUUAUGUCAAGGCUUGUGGUUUGUGGGAGAUAGGUCAAGCAAGGGAUUUGGGUUUAGAGUUCGACUUCCUACUGUCUAUUGUCUUCGACAAUGGACCGCAUUUUGAGACGCCUAAGCUCAAGGUAUCGUUGGCCGAUCAGGACAUUAAAGCUCACUUUGCUUUCGUUGCUCAUGCUCAAGAAAAUGGUCAAGUAGAAGCCUUUAAUAAGAUCCUCUCAAACGGCAUAAAGCAAAAGCUGGACAAUGCGAAAGAAGCCGUCCUUCCAAUUGAAAUAGAAGAACCCACUCUCCGAGUUAUGAUAUAUUUAGAAGAAGCCAACUGGGUUGCCCUUCGUACGGCCUUGGACCAGGUUCCAGAAGUUCGGGGUAAUGCUCUACUAAGAAUGCAGUUGUAUGAACUGAGAAUGGCUCGUGAAUUUAACAAGAGGGUGACCAGACGGCCAUUAAAGGUGGGGAUCUUGUCUUAA